CUGAGCAGCACUUCUGUGCGUGUGGCCGUUACGUUGUGGGGCGGUGGAAUGGCGCUCUCUGUCCUACAGGUGCAAAUGUGUGUUUUUUUUCUGCCAGGGUAUUUUAUAAUAUUAAGCUGUUUUUGUUGAGUGACUUUACAUAUAUAUAUGUUUUUGUUUCAUCCUUUGUACGAAGAACUAAACGGACUCGGCGGGCCUUUAACUCGUGCUCCUGGACGCAGUUUUCUCUUUUUUUUUUUUCCCCCCUCAUCGUUUUCAGUAAAUAGACUUUAUGGCGCGACUUCCGUCGGCAGCGUGCGAGGAUUCGAACCCGGGUCUUUCGAUUGCAGUAGAGAAGUUGUGAACAGUGGCAGGAGACAAACAGGAUCUCACUGAGCAACAAAGCCCAAGAAGAGAACAUUGGAGAGGAUCAUGACGGCAGAACCGGGACCUGAACACCCUUCAUUGGCACUCCAUGGUCUCCCUUGUGAAUCGGGCUGUUUUGGGAACACGGUGACCUCUUACUCUGAGGGGUCAACAGUCAUGGAUAUGUGUGUAAAAAGUGAGCCUGUUGAUCGGCACAUUUCCCACCCUCAAUAUUGUACUGAAGGACAGGGCUUCAGUUCUAAAGACAUGGGCUCAGGGCUGCAUCUGGACACUGAUCAAAUUAAAUCAGAGAUUGUAAUGGUCAAAAUAAAGGAAGACAGUGAUGUGCUGCACAGCUGUACAUCCAAUGAGAUGCUCAGUCUUCCCUCAGAGCAGUUAAACCUUUCUACUUGUCUUUCAUCCAGACAAUAUAAAUCUGAGAGUGGUGAAGUAAAGAUUGAGCAGGAUUCUCAGUUACAGGAACCUUCUUGCAGUGGAAAAAAAAGGAAUGAAACUCUGAGUUAUAGUAUAGAUUAUGAAUGUGAAGAUUUACAGGUACUAAAGUUAAAUCCUGUUCCUUGUACUUUGUUGAACAAAUGUAAAACAAAGGUAGGAGAAGUUAAGGCAGAGCAGGCUUCUCAGUUGGAAGGAUCAUGCAGUGCAGAAACAGCAGGUAAUGCAGCUGUAGAUGACUUUUUACCAUAUAAAUGUAGUCAGUGUGAAAAAUGUUUUUCUUAUUUAAGUGACUUGAAACGGCACCAGCUUGUUCAUUCUGGUGAGAAACCUUAUAAAUGCAGUGAAUGUGGAAAAAGUUUCUCCCAAGCAAGUAACUUAAAACAGCACCAGCUUGUUCAUUCUGGUGAAAAACCUUAUAAAUGUAGUGAAUGUGGUAAAUGUUUUUCCCAUGGAAAUACCUUAAAACAUCAUCAGCGUGUUCAUUCUGGUGAGAAGCCGUAUAAAUGUAGUCAGUGUGGAAAAAAUUUUUCGUGUCUAAGUGAGUUAAAACGACACCAGAUUGUUCAUUCAGGUGAGAAGCCUUAUAAAUGUAGUGAGUGUGGGAAAAGUUUUUCCCAUGGAAGUACUUUAAAACUCCACCAGAGUGUUCAUUCUGGUGCGAAACCACAUAAAUGUAGUGAAUGCGGGCAAAGUUUUUCAAUUCUGGGGAACUUAAAACGGCAUCGGCUUGUCCAUUCAGGUGAGAAACCGUACAAAUGUAGUGAAUGUGGGCAAAGUUUUUCAAUUCGAGGUAAUUUAAAGCAGCACCAGCGUGUUCAUUCAGGUGAGAAACCAUAUAAAUGUAGUGAAUGUGGAAGAAGUUUUUCAAGUAAAGCUCAUUUAAAACAGCAUCAGCUUGUUCAUUCUGGUGAGAAGCCCUUUAAGUGCAGUGAUUGCGGAAGAAGUUUUUCCCAUGGAAGUACCUUAAAACAGCACCAGUUUGUUCAUUCUGGUGAAAAACCUUACAAAUGUGAAUGUGGGAAAAGUUUUUUCCAAGUUAGUUACUUAAAGCAGCACCAGUUUGUUCAUUCUGGCGAGAAACCAUAUAAAUGUAGUGAAUGUGGAAAGAGUUUUGCUCUGAGGAAUUUUUCUCCGGCGUGUCACUUAAAAGAGCACCGUCCCACCCAUUGUGCCGAGAAACCGCAUAAAUGUGGUGAAUGUGGGAAAAGUUUCUCCCGAGGAGAUAAUUUAAAGCAGCACCAGCGAGUUCAUUCUGGAGAGAAACCGUACGCAUGUAGUGAAUGUGGGAAGAGUUUUUCCCAAGUAGGUUCCCUAAAACUCCACCAGUGCGUUCAUUCAGGUGACAAGCCCUACAAAUGUAGCGAGUGUGGGAGAGGCUUUUACUACGAAAGCACCUUCAAACUCCACCAGCGCGUUCACUCCGGCGAGAAACCAUAUAAAUGUGGUGACUGUGGGAAAAGUUUCUCAAUCAGAGGUCACUUGAAUCGGCACCAGCUUGUUCACUCUGGCGAGAAACCGUAUAAAUGCGGUGACUGCGGGAAAAGUUUCUCCCACGGAAGUACUUUAAAACUGCACCAGUGCAUUCAUUCUGGUGAGAAACCGUAUAAAUGCAACGAAUGCGGGAAAUUUUUUUCAGUUCGAGGUUACUUAAGGCAACACCUGAUUGUUCAUUCGGGAGAGAAGCCCUACAAAUGCAGCGACUGUGGAAAAUGUUUCUCUCGCGCUUGUACUUUAAAAGAGCACCAGCGUGUUCAUUCUGGUGAGAAGCCCUAUAAGUGUGGUGAGUGCGGGAAAAGUUUCUCCAUUCGAGGUCACUUGGUUCGGCAUCUGCUCGUUCAUUCCGGUGAGAAACCGUAUAAAUGCAACGAAUGCGGGAAAAGCUUUUCUUGCGGAAGUACCUUGAAAGUGCACCAGUGUGUUCAUUCCAACGAGAAGCCAUUUGAAUGCGGUCAGUGUGGGAAGAGCUUCUCAAGUAAAGCUUAUUUAAAACAGCACCAGCUCGUUCAUUCUGGAGAGAAGCCCUAUCGCUGCAGUGAAUGUGGAAAGAGUUACUCCAGAGGAGAUUACUUAAAACAGCACCAGCGUGUUCACUCUCUCACUCUGCUGUGAAGCCGUAUUAAUGUGGGGCGUACAGGGGAAGAGUUAAGGGUGUAAAAUACCACAGAGAUAGAUUUUUUAGAUUAACUGACCAAUAAAUUGAAGAAAUGUAGCUGAAAGAAAAUGCUCACAGCUACUAGGAAACCUGAAGAUUUGAACUCAGACUCAUUGUUUGUGUCCAUGAGAAACAUUGUAUUGACAUCUAUACUUACACACUUUUUCCUAGAUCACCUCUGGAAGACAGAUGUUGGCCUUGGCUCAUUGGCCAGUCUGGUAAACUCUGAACUCCUUUCAAACCCUCCCAAGAAAUGACCAGAAAACCCAUUAAUCAGUCCUGAUCAUCUUGUACAAAGAGACAAGUGUUCAUUGUCUGUAUAUGAAGUGUACAGUAUUAUUUGUUUUACACAUAAUUUUAUUUAAGUUGUCUCGUUUUAGUGCUGGGGGGAGUGC